UUUUUUUUUUUUAAUAAGAAACGUAGUAAACCCUAAUUUUUUGAGCGGGAGGCGCAAUUUAUACAAUCAGCAGACGAAUUUGGAUUUAAAAUAUUCGAUAAGAGCUUUGGAUUCGGCGGCGAAUAAGCAAACAUGGCGGAUUUGGGAUUGGAACAGCAUUCAUCAGAAAGUGAAGAGAUUAAGAAAAUGAAGAAGGAGAGUAAGAAAAGAGUGAGAGACGAAGCGAAGAAACGAGAAACUGGGGAAGAGAACGAAGCGUCAAUCGAAGAAGAAUCGACGAAGAAGAAGAAGAAGAAGAAGAAGAAGCUAAAGGAGCGUGGAGAUACUGAUGACGAAGCGGUAACAGCUGUUAGCGAUGAGGAGCCGAAGAAGAAGAAGAAGAAAAAGAAGAAGGAUGUGAAAGUGGAGUUUGGAGAAGAAGACAAUGGCGAAGAGAAGGACGGAGACAAAGCGGGGGAAACUAGUGGGAAUGGGAUAAUGACUAAUCAAACGUUUGAGUCAUUGGAAUUAUCUGACAAGACUUUGAAAACUAUCAAGGAGAUGGGUUACCAACGCUUGACUCAGAUACAAGCAAAAUCAAUUCCGAUAUUGAUGGAGGGAAAAGAUGUGCUUGGAGCCGCCAGGACUGGUUCUGGUAAAACCUUAGCUUUUCUUAUUCCGGCUGUAGAGCUUCUUUACAAUGUCAAGUUCCUUCCUCGCAAUGGUACUGGUGUUAUUGUUAUCUGCCCAACAAGAGAGCUUGCCAUUCAGUCUUAUGGAGUGGCGAAAGAGCUUCUUAAGUAUCAUUCACAGACUGUAGGAAAGCUUAUUGGCGGUGAGAACAGAAAGAAGGAAGUUGAAAUUCUUGUGAAAGGUGUUAAUUUAUUAGUUGCAACCCCUGGAAGACUUCUCGACCACCUUGAGAAUACAAAUGGUUUUGUAUUCUCGAAUUUGAAGCUUCUUGUAAUGGAUGAGGCUGAUAGGAUAUUGGAACAGAACUUUGAAGAAGACAUGAAGAAAAUUAUUGAGCUUUUACCAAAGAAAAGACAGACUUCCCUGUUUUCCGCCACACAGACUGCCAAGGUUGAGGAUCUUGCAAGGGUGUCACUUAAGUCACCUGUUUAUAUCGAUGUGGAUGAAGGACGAGAGGAGGUUACAAAUGAAGGCUUGGAGCAAGGUUAUUGCGUUGUGCCUAGUGCUAAGCGAUUAAUUUUCUUACUAACCUUCUUGAAGAGGUUCCUUGGGAAAAAGAAAAUCAUGGUGUUUUUCUCUACGUGCAAAUCGGCAAAGUUCCAUGCGGAACUCUUUCGAUAUAUCAAAAUAGAUUGCCUUGUAAUCCAUAGAGGGAUAGACCAGAACAAAAGAACCUCAACAUUUUUCCAAUUCAUAAAGGCGGAAACGGGUAUUUUGUUGUGUACUAAUGUUGCAGCCCGUGGUCUUGAUAUUCCUCAUGUGGACUGGAUUGUGCAGUAUGAUCCUCCUGAUAACCCUAAGGAAUAUAUUCAUAGAGUUGGUAGAACAGCUCGUGGAGAAGGAGCAGAAGGGAAGGCUCUGCUUGUCCUAAAUCAAAAGGAGUUAAAGUUUAUUCAGUAUCUCAAGGAAGCUAAAAUUCCUGUUGAGGAACAUGAAUAUGAAGAAAAGAAAUUGCUGAAUUCGCAAAAUUUUCUGGAGAACUUGAUAACUCAAAACUAUGCUUUGGAAGCGUCAGCAAAAGAAGCAUACAAGAGUUACAUUUCAGGAUAUGAUUCUCACUCUAUGAAAGAUGUCUUUGAUGUUCACCUCCUCGAUCUCAAAGAGGUUGCGGCUUCUUUUGGUUUCUCCAAUCCUCCUCGAGUUUCUCUGAAGAUAGAUCGAGGAACUUACAAGAGUAAGAGAGAACCAGUUAAUAAGUUUAGCAGAGCUGGUGGCAGCAGAGCUCGUGGCGGCAGAGCCGGCGGUAAAAAGUUCGAGAGGUUCUAAAAACAGAGUUUAAAUUACAGUUGCACAAGAAAAAGACAACUUCGUAUUUAGAGUCUAACUGGCACAAGCUUUUUAGUUUUACGAAUGUUGGAUCUUUUCCUUGUUCUAUUACGAUUGUGUUAUUUUGAGUCA